AUGGAAGGAGACUCUACACAGAAAACCGCCGCCCCAGUACAAUGUGCCAACAAUUGUGGAUUCUUUGGUAAUCCAUUGACAGCAAACUAUUGUUCAAAAUGUUACAGAGAUUUAUAUCCAAAGAAAGCGGAUGAAAAACCAGUCCAAGAACAAGCACAGACAGUUACAAGUUCAACCGAUCUCAAUGACAACACAUCCGAAUCAUCCGUCGAGGCAAAAAAGAUUCAGUCUGAUACAACCAAAUGUUUCAGUUGUUCAAAGAAAGUUGGUUUAUUGGGAUUCAAGUGCCGUUGUGAAUAUGUAUUUUGUUCCUCUCAUCGUUACUCUGAUAAGCACGAAUGUUCUUUUGAUUACAAAACAGCUGGAAAGGCUGCCCUCGCAAAGGCUAAUCCUGUUGUAUCGGGGUCAAAGAUAAACAAAAUUUAA